AUGGGUCAGUCGCAUUCCAAGAGCAACGCCUCAGGCGACUCUCUGCAGUCAUACCCUUCCUUCUCCAAGUCCGACACAAAGGAAUCCCUUCGCUCCUUCCGUGGGUCGAUCCGAUCGAAAAUCCCUGGUGCUCGCAGCUCCGACAGCCCUCGGGGCUCCACCACCGCUCUCUCUCGGACCGAGAGCCAGACCGACAAAUCUGAUGCCGGAUCAUUGAAGUCAGUCGGAAGUCGACCCGGUUCCAAUGCCGGCUUGCCCCAAUCGCCUGCCUCCGAGGGCGCUUCGCGGCCUAGCUCCCCUCAGCCCCCACCAUCCCCCUCGCUUUCCACCAGCUUGCAACGAGGCCACAAGGAUGUGAAUGCAAUGAAGCAGAGCGGCGAAGUCGACCUUGUGUCUGACGGCCCUCCCUCCGGUGGUCCCCCGAGCGGGGCUGCCCCGGUCGCUGGUGAAUCUAUUUUGAUGAAACGAGAGAAUCAGCUGAACCCUAUCCUGGACUUCAUUCUGAAUGCUCCCCUUGAGACAUCUGGGUCACCCGGAAUGGGCAUGGGCGCAUUGAAAUCCAUUGAUUUGGACGAUAUGAUUUCGCGACUUUUGGAUGCUGGUUAUUCCACCAAGGUCACCAAAACUGUCUGCUUGAAGAAUGCAGAGAUCACUGCUAUUUGCACUGCCGCCCGCGAGCUCUUCCUGUCGCAGCCUGCUCUGCUGGAGCUGUCUGCUCCUGUGAAGAUUGUCGGCGACGUUCACGGCCAAUACACUGAUCUCAUUCGACUGUUUGAGAUGUGCGACUACGUCGACCGAGGCAAGCAAAGCUUGGAAACAAUCCUUCUACUGAUGUGCUAUAAACUCAAGUACCCAGAGAAUUUCUUUUUGCUGCGGGGAAACCACGAGUGCGCCAACGUUACUCGUGUUUAUGGAUUCUACGACGAGUGCAAGCGUCGAUGCAACAUCAAAGUCUGGAAGACCUUCAUCGAUACCUUCAACUGUCUUCCGAUUGCUGCGAUUGUGGCUGGCAAAAUUUUCUGUGUUCAUGGAGGUCUCUCACCUAGUCUUUCGCACAUGGAUGAUAUCCGUGGUAUCGCUCGUCCUACUGAUGUGCCCGACUAUGGUCUUUUGAAUGACCUCUUGUGGAGCGACCCAGCAGAUAUGGAGGAAGAUUGGGAACCCAAUGAGCGUGGUGUCAGCUACUGCUUUGGAAAGAAGGUUAUCAUGAACUUUUUGCAGCGCCACGACUUUGACCUAGUUUGCCGCGCUCACAUGGUGGUGGAGGAUGGAUAUGAGUUCUAUCAGGAUCGCAUUCUGGUGACUGUUUUCUCUGCGCCUAACUAUUGCGGCGAGUUUGACAAUUGGGGCGCUAUUAUGUCAGUUUCUGGCGAACUCCUUUGCAGCUUUGAACUUCUCAAGCCCUUGGACUCGACCGCUCUGAAGAAUCACAUCAAGAAAGGCCGAAAUAAGCGCAAUAGCAUGCUAAACAGCCCUCCCGCGGCGGUAUCGGCGCAAAGCUUCUAG